GCGUACCAUGAUGGUAUGAACAUACCAAUAUGGUAAGAAGGUUGAAUACAUGAUAGUAGAAGUAUACUAACUGUCAUUUACGACUUUCAUCAUUGUUUACCACAAGUUACCACCCACAUACAAUAGUGGUAAAGUAUGGUAAUUUUUUGUCAGUAUUUUUUUCACCCAGAAAUUUGUAAAUCCAAUAGAUAAUGAUGAACUCGUUCCUUCUGAGCAAACAUUUUCAAAAACGACUUAAAAAUGAAGAAGUUACCAUAUGGUAUGUAGUUGGUAAAAAAAAAAGUUUCUCGAAAUAUAUUGAAAACUGAUCUCAUUUUGUAGAGCACAACGAACUCGUUCCAUGUGUGCGAAAAAAAAAAUUGAAAUCCGAGUUAGAACGAAGAAGAUAAGAGCCGAUUAUGAAAACUAGUGAAAUAAAAUGUUUUUAAUUGACAACCCUUAGAUCUAAAUUUUUUUAACCAUACUUAAUUCUAAAGGUCCAUAUUUAGUUACUCACAUGUAAACCCCAACUUCUACUGCGGGCCAUAUCGCUGGUUCCCGCUUGGAAUGGAUUUUAUCUUUUGAGUUCUGACCCUUCUCUGUUCUCCGUCCCCUUCUCUACCAGAACUGGCUCGCUCAUCCGCCGCCGCCUCCGCUGACGUGAAGUGAAGGGAAUUGAAGGUGUCGCAACUCUAACCACUUUACCCUCAAUGCAAUCUUCGUUUUAUUUUCCGUUCCAGAACGAUAGAAUUCCGCUUUGAGCCCCAAAUUUCGGUUUUCCAUUCUAGAGUCUUAAUAGGAAUAUCUCUGGUUUGGAAUUGACAUGGUACAGGUAUAGGGAGUUUGGGGGGACGACAAUGGCAAGUUCGAUAGCAGCCGCUACUGGAACGGCGUCAUGGAUGAGGAUGGGCAGCAGGGUAAUCCCUGAUUUCUGCCACCUGCCCCUCCAUUCCGCUACUCGAUCCCUUCUUCUAAAACCUCUUACCUUGCGAUUCUCUUCAUUUGCUCCUUCCCCCUCUCGGUCGUGGAGCGCGAGGAAGUUCUCUGUUUGUGCCUCCAAGUCCACUGCUGAUCAACACCAGCAAGUACGGGUUCGUUUCGCUCCUUCCCCGACUGGGAAUCUCCAUGUUGGGGGUGCUCGGACUGCUCUCUUCAAUUAUCUCUUUGCAAGGUCCAAAGGUGGUAAAUUUGUGCUGAGGAUCGAAGAUACCGACUUGGAGAGGUCGACUAGAGAAUCAGAAGAUGCCGUGCUCCAGGAUCUUGCUUGGCUUGGUCUUGAUUGGGAUGAAGGUCCUGGGAUUGAUGGAGACUAUGGCCCGUAUCGGCAAUCUGAAAGGAAUUCUCUUUAUAAACAACACGCUGAGAGGCUCUUGGAGUCUGGUCAUGUUUACCGUUGCUUCUGUUCCAGCGAGGAACUUGAGAAAAUGAAGGAAGUAGCACAAUUGAAACAACUACCUCCUGUAUAUUCUGGAAAGUGGGCUACUGCAACAGAUGCUGAAGUAAUGCAUGAGAUAGAAAAGGGAACCCCAUAUACCUACCGUUUCCGUGUUCCAAAGCACGGGAAUCUGAAAAUUAAUGAUCUCAUUCGGGGUGAAGUUAGUUGGAAUCUGGACACACUUGGCGAUUUUGUAAUAAUGAGGAGCAAUGGACAACCUGUUUACAACUUUUGUGUCACAGUGGAUGAUGCUACCAUGGCUAUCUCACAUGUUAUUAGGGCUGAAGAGCAUUUGCCAAAUACUCUGAGGCAAGCAUUAAUAUAUCAGGCUCUUGGAUUUCCGAUGCCUCAGUUUGCACACGUAUCCCUAAUUCUAGCACCUGAUCGUAGCAAGCUAUCGAAAAGGCAUGGUGCAACUUCAGUUGGUCAGUUCAAGGAGAUGGGCUACCUUCCCCAAGCAAUGAUAAAUUACCUGGCACUUUUAGGUUGGGGGGAUGGCACUGAAAAUGAAUUUUACAGCCUUGAACAACUAGUUGAAAAGUUCACAAUUGAUCGUGUUAACAAAAGUGGUGCCGUGUUUGAUUCUACUAAGUUGAGGUGGAUGAAUGGUCAGCAUUUAAAAGCGCUUCCAUAUGAGAAAUUGACAAAGCUUAUAGGUGAACGGUGGAAGAACAUUGGAAUCCUAAUGGAGUCCCAGGGUUCUUUUAUAGAAGAGGCUGUUAACCUGCUUAAGGAUGGCAUAGAUUUGGUACCUGAUGCAGACAAAGUGAUGUUGAAUCUGUUGUCAUAUCCCUUACAAGAGACGUUAAUGAGUGCUGAAGGUAAAGCUGUUAUAGAAGACAAACUUUCUGAAGUAGCAGAGAAGCUGUUGGCAGCAUUUGACAGCGGGGAGCUUAUUACCGCGCUAGAAGGAGGUCAUUCCGGGUGGAAGAGUUGGGUGAAGGACUUUGGUAAAUCUACAAAGCGCAAGGGGAAAUCUUUGUUUAUGCCGCUGAGGGUGCUGCUAACUGGGAAGCUGCAUGGUCCUGACAUCGGUGGGAGCAUGGUGUUGCUUCAUAGAGCUGGGAGUGAGGGUCUAGUUUGCCCUCAAGUUGGAUUUUUGAGAUUGGAAGAGAGGUUUAAGCAGUUGAGGGAAGUGAACUGGGAGGCGAUAUCUUCGACCAAAGAUGAAAAAGGUGUUGCUGUGGAAUCAGCUGCUGCUGCUGCAUUGAACUGAUAGAGUGCUCUUACUGCUGCAUACGGCGGUUGUUUUCUAUUUUGUUGGUUAAGAGAGGGUUUUUGACGUUUGAUUGAGCUUUUUGUUUAUAGCUAGCCAUGUAGUUGAGGGAGUGUGUGUUUCAUCCUGUUCUUUAGCUUCCAAAUGUUUAGGACUAUUGGCCAUGAUUCGAGUGGAAUAAUUAUCCGAACAUUACUAUUCGUAAUUAUAUUGUAGAAUAUUUUGACAAUGAUAUCCAUUUUGGUAGUUAUUAUUAGAACAUGAUUGAUCAAACUGAAUUGGACGUCGACAAAAUUAAAGUUUUACCUUUUUAAAGCGGCACAUAUAGAUCAAUUUAUCGAACAUUACUAUUCGUAAUUAUAUUGUAGAAUAUUUUGACAAUGAUAUCCAUUUUGGUAGUUAUUAUUCGAACAUGAUUAAUCAAACUGAAUUGGACGUCGACAAAAUUAAAGUUUUACCUUUUUA